AUGCCAGUAACUCGAAGCCAAGCAAUUUACAACACUCGUUCCACCGGUAGAGCAACUCUACGAGAUGGCAUUCAACAGAAAAAGGGCAAAAAUGUUGCAUCAAAUUCCAAUUCAAGGAAAAGGCCGACUUCAGCACAACUUGACGACCACUGGGUAAAAAAACUGUCAUUAAAAAUACGCAGAAGAACAUUUCGUUCGCUCGUCAAUGAACACUUUCCUUGGGGAAGGGACAUCUUGCGGCGGUUCAGAAGAACCCAUCCAGGUGUCGACGUUAUUGUGACAGUGAUAGUAAUAAUCUACAUUGUGUACAUUGUGCACGAUCACCCCUUGUAUAGUGCAUUCUGUUCGAUCAUGUCCUUCGCAAAUCAAAUUUGGCAGAGAGUGUUUCCGGCUGAGUUACCAGGGAUUUAUCAUAACAAUGUUUUGCAGCCUCCAAAACAUCCCUGGAUACAGCGUGAAAAGGAAGUUUCCAUAUUGGGAGAGCAAAUAAAGAGGUUGUGUGAAGAUCACGAUAAAAAAGUGAUACAUGUGCGUUUGACUGGCAGGCCAGGCUCAGGUAAAUCUGAAUUUGCUAGGCAAGUAGUACUUCAUCUUAAUGAAUCACAGAAACAUAACAAGAGACCUAUGGCCUUCAUUGCCAUUCAAGCAGAUAAUGCUGACCAUGUUUUGUCAAGUCUCAGGAAUGCAGUCUUCGCAGUCAACAGGAUGAAGAGUGGAAAGGCAGAAGACAUUGUGAAGGAACUGAGCCCCAGACUAAAUUUUGAGAAGAUGUUAGUGCUAAAGGAAGCUAAUGUCCAAAAACAUCAGAUAAAGGUUCUUUAUGAUAAACUGGAUGAACUACUGGAAGACAUGCUUCCUGUUUUGAUUUUUGACAAUGUAAAAGAUUUGGAAUUUCUCAACGACCUUAACCUCACACCUGGAAAUGAUCAUAUUGCAACUGCAGUUGUUGUCAUCAUUACUCUGCAAAAUCAUGUGUCCUUAGAAAGACUGCCGAGUGAUUAUGUGCAUGUACAGGACCUUAAUCAAGGUAUGUCUCCAAAUGACUCGGUCAAAUUGCUUGAACUGAUAGCUGGGACAGAAGUGGAUGAUAAAGACUAUCUGUAUGAACUUGCAGAUUUCUUUGAUCACCAGCCACAUAAGCUAUCAAAUAUUAGCCCCAACAUAAUCAAAGAGAGGCUUUUGGUCCAUUUUCAUUAUGAGGGUUUAAGUCAGACUAGACUCGUUUAUGUUAAGGUUUGGUGUAUUCUUCCGUCGAAAAGAGAAUGGGAUCUUCUACAUGUAAGCAUGCUGGAAAUUGUCGGGUGCGAGUGGGGGUUAACGGCUCUGGAAAUCCAGACGGGAAAGGGGCUCUCAACCUAA